UGCGGGAUGAACAUAAUGAAAUAAUUGGAACCAAUCCGGACAGAAGCGACAUGAAAUCUUGACAUAAAUGACGUACGAAUUCUAUGCUUUUCUCAUUAAGGAAAAUUCAUAUGACAGAAAGACAUUUGUUAUUUUAGACAAUGCCAGCCGAAACACUGGCUUUAUUAUCAAAUAGUGACAACCAGGUGCUGAUAAGGAAAUUUCAAGCCUAAGUGUUUUAAGAUGGAUAAUAACAUGUAUCCAAGAGAUUAUAACUAAAUAUUUUCAUAAGGAUUUCGUCUUUACGUUCAACAAAGCUAUGCCAACUGGUAAAAGUCAACGAAGUACUAGGCCGUCAUAUGAAACCAGUGGCCAUACCGAUAAACGCAAACAAAGUCAAAAGGCGCCGAAAUCUAACUUCCGCAAAGCGCACAGAGAUUUAAAUAUUGCCGAAACGAAAGAUCCCGUAGAGGAUAGGCAUAAACAAGAUGAGAAAAUGCUGAAAGAGUUAAGUGAUAUUGUUGGAGAUUACAGUCAGCAACGAAUGAGGGCGUUACAUAUGAGCCUCCGGCAAUAUGGUAACGACGAGGGCAGAAUGACAAGCAAGGAAACGUUGCAGGCACUACAGGAAAAUUCCGUAACAUUACCUAGUCUGCUUUUGAAGUCGCUGAUUGCAAAAUUCGACAGCACAAAAGGAAUAGAUCUUGAAGCACUUUUCCGUUUCCUAAUGGAAUCACAUGGGCGCACGGGACGUGACAGCGUAAUGGCUAUGCACAAACGUAAUGAUCUUGCUCCUCGAAAUGAUGUUUCACAGGACGACAUAGAUGACGAUUUAUUGUGGAGAAUAGAGUCCCAACUCAUAAAAAGUCAUGAGUAUAUUAACCUUACGGAUUUGAGGAAUGAGCUGCAGAGGAGGGACACUGCUAAAUGUGGGAUUAUUGAUGGUCCACAACUGAAGCACGUGUGUAAUGACCUCCAGCUUCCGAUAUAUGGAGCUCUAUUGAAAAAUCUUAUGAAAAGGUGUGACGAAGAAAAGAACGACAAGAUUUGCUGGCCUGAAUUUCUGUCUUUUCUCGAGCGUGCCCAAGAGAGCGCAAAAAUAACUUGUCCUAGUCUUAAGUCACUGCCGGAAAGAUUAAAGAGUAGAACGCCGAUUGAGCCGUCUCCAAUAGAUGAACUCUCUUCAAAAACAAGGAUAAAUAUUGUAAAUAAACUUCGCAAAAAGAGCUCAUUGAAAAAGCCCAAUAUAGUGAAAGAAGAAGAUGCUGGUGUCAUGGCCAGUGGAAACAAUGCCGAAAAUCAUGAAAAGAAGAUGGAGAUUAAAGAAAACGGCAUCAACGCAAAUGUACCUAACGAAGAGAUUUCAAUUGAACAGCCUAAGAAGGAAGAAACUCCAGAUAAAUUGGACCAAGAGCAAACAGAUCACAACAUAGAAAAAGACGGAGGCCAGUCAGAUGUUAUAUCAUCUCAAGAUGAACGAUCCCUUCCCUCCACUUCCGGUGAUAUUGAGGAGCAAUCAAGUACCAAUACAGAGGAAACUCGAGUACAAGACACACCCUCCGAGCAACUAAGUGACAAAGACAAUGCAGAUGAAAAUUUGAAGACUGCCGAUGAGACGAGUGACGAUAAAACAAAAAUUGGUGCACAGUACGAUACCGACAAUGUGGAGAUGGUUACAUUCAAGAAUGGUCAAAUUGUAUCCGUUGAUAACAAAGAAGACGAUGACGACGAAAAUCACAAAGUGCUCACAGAAGGGGAGAAAACAGUUGUUUCGAUAGAAGUUAAAGGGAAGACAUUAUCAUUUACAACAGAUAAGGAUUUCAUUGAUAAGCAAUUAAUUGAACCACCAUGUGAACGUAUGAGACUACAGUGGGUAUAUGGUUACCGUGGAAACGACUGUCGCAAGAACAUUCACACCCUUGCCGGUGGGGAGAUAUUGUACUUUAUGUCCUAUGUUGCUAUCAUCUACAACAAAGACACCCACAAACAGAAAUUUUACAAAGAACACACCGACGACAUUAAAUGUAUAGAUGUCCAUUCCAACAAAUUCAUUGUUGCCAGUGGCCAAUACGCCAACAGAAAGAACACAGCAAUCAAGGCUGUUGUGAGAGUUUGGAGAUCUGAUAAUCUCCAUACAUUGCAUGUCCUGGGUGAGAAUAUGUUUGAGAAGUCGAUUGCCUGUUUAACAUUUGCGCCUAAUAAGGACCUGAUCGCAGUUGUAGACAAUAGCUUAGAAAAGAAACUCACUGUUUGGGAUACAUCAAAUGGAAGCUUGAUGGGACAGGAAGUGCUACACACUGACUUAGUCUGUGAUAUUGGUUUCAACCCAAAGUAUCCAGAUAUAUUGGUCACUAUUGGCAAGGAACACACGUGCUGGUGGAAGGUUUAUCCCGAAAGUGAUACGAUACAAGCUUCUUUAAAACCGGAUUAUGACAAUUUUCUCAGAGCAAAGUUCGUGAUAUGUUUAACUUACAAUGAAAAGGGUGAUCUAAUAACAGGAGAUUCUAAUGGAACAAUUUAUGUUUUUGGAGACGGUGGCAACAAAAUUACCAACUUCAUUAAACAUGCUCACGAUGGUCCAGUUUUUACGGUUCUAUAUCACAGAGGAUAUAUUUUGUCCGGUGGCAGAGACGGUAUAAUACACACAUGGCAGUGGGGCAAGAAUAUGAACAGCGCCGGCUUUAUACAGAUGCCUAAAAUGGAAGGAGGAGUUCGGAUGCUAUGCGUAUCAAAGAGCAGUCUUUUGAUUGGAACGACUAUGAAUUCUUUGUUAGCAGUUAAACUCUCCGAAGGCGAUGCACCUUUGCAAGGUGCUCAAUUUGAAGAUAAUACUAUAACGCAGUGUCACUAUGACGAGCUGCGUGGAUUGACCAUCGCUUCCACUUCCUUGGCUGACGUGUACACUGCUGGUCUGGAUGGUAUAGUUUGUGGAUAUAACUCGCAAGAUAGGAAGCCAACCUCAAAGGUUCAGUUCAAGUGUAACCAAUACCUUUGUGUUGACGCCAAUGAUAACGGAGCCCUGUUGGCGCUUGGAACGAAAGACGGGCAUUUGCAGAUUCUCCGCCGAAAUGAUAAAGGGAUUUUGGAAGAGAUUCUCAACAGGAAAAUAUGCAAGGAGAGGAUCGAUUGUAUCAAGUUAUCACCAGACUCGAGAAGCAUAGCAGCGGGUUCUCAUGACAGCUGUGUAUACAUCUUUUCUAAUUUGCCCAAAGAAGAUGGUAGCUUGGUGUGGGAAUAUGCUGGAAGGUUACAGGGCAAUUCAGCGCCGGUAAACGGUUUGGACUGGUCUGUAGAAAAACCUGCCGAUGGGGAGUACAUUUUGAGGACAAGUACUGUUGCUAUGGAAUUAAUGUACUGGCGUCCUGCAACUUUAGAAGUCUUCUACAGACGGGAUGUUAUUUCCAAAUCGAAGUGGAUGACAAAUUCUGUGUUGGUUGAAUUGUCAAUAGCAGGAAUUAUGACGUCAAGAUUUCUUAAAGUGGCGGAUAUGACGUCAAUAGAUGUGAAUGAUACGGGUACAUUAGCAGCAUGUGGAGAUACCUCAGGAAAUAUACGAUUGUAUCGAUAUCCUUGCUGUUUGAGUGGGACAUUCUGCCAUUCCUAUCGAAGUCAUGCCAGUAUUCAUGGUAUACGAUUUACAGCAAAUGGGAAAUCUGUGAUGACUGUAGGUGGAAGAGACUCAUGUCUGAUGCAAUGGGAUAUAGUUUGAGUGUGAAGAAAAACUCGAGUAUCACUUAAAACAAUAUUAUUAAUUUGAGAUUAAAUACCGUAUUUUAAUAGUCAUGAUGGACAUUGAAUGUGACUUAUAUUCAAGUAUUCAAAAUGGGAGAUGUGUAAGUUGUCUUAAAUAUCAAUUUUGGACAGCGGAUAUGAACGAUAUUCAUUAUUCCUGUUAUAUAUAAGUAGAUAUGAUUGACAUUUGAUAUUUAUGAUAAAGGUCUCAAAUACUUAUAUAAUUUGUAUUAGAUAUCAAAUAUAACUGAUAUUCGAAUAUUCAAAGUAGGAUAGUAAAAGUGAUAUGGGGAAUGAGGUACUUAGAUUUAAAAAAACAUCUGUAUCUUGUUCAAAACAUUUUGCGAUAAUAUGUAUCUUAAUAAUUUUACAAAGAUUACAAUAAACAGCAAGUAUGUCGAACAGCUAUCUGUAAUGAGCCAUUGAAAUAAGUGAUAAUUUAUCACUAUUAAUAAUACUGCAGCUCACCUUGUGAAGGUUGGAAACCCGCCGGUUAUAAAAAUGAAAGAUCAAAACUGGGAACCAAUACUCAAAGCAGUUAUGAGAUGAGAUCAAAUUAAUCAAUACACAUUUCUAUAUUUUUGAGUGACUCAGUGGUCUAGUUUCUUAAUCAUUAGCCGGGUAAAGCAAUUCUACAGAUCUUCAGUUGGUAAUAUCUCUGUUUAUAUAUUUCAUACAUUUUAAUACAUUUGUAAUUGAUGUGACUUGCCUAAACCCAUCCCAGUUGACAUUGUAUUAUAUCCGGAACUACAUUAGUAGGAUUUUUUCUACUUAUCAGUUAAGUAAGGGCUGUGUCUGUGUGUUUUAUUCGUUUGUGUAUAUACAAGAACGAGGUGUAGUGUCAAACAAGUCACCAACAUUCUUAGUGCCACUGAAUAGGUGCUAAAUAUCACAUCCAAUCAAAGUCACAAUCGCCUGUAUGUAUUAUAUAGUAACUAGAAAGCUACGCCUGCAGCAGUAAGGCCCGUCGUGUUCCGCGAUAAGGAAUUCAAUAGCAUUUUCAAAAAAACACCAAUAUUGUUUUCUUUUAAACAGCGUCUUGUAAGUAAAACCCAGGUACAGUAGAAAUUAAAAUGCU